CAUUCGCAGUUUUUGUUUUGACACCGUCGUGAGUAGUUGUAACGGGUUUUCCGAACGAAUGAAAAUCGCGCAAAACAAAUGCGGAAUCAAUGACCUUCCAAAGGGAAUGAAACGUUCGUUUCCCUCUCUGCGUCAAGAACAGCAGUGAUGAAUCAGCGACCAAACAGUGGUGAAGGUGUCGAAUACUUCAAUGAAACGAAAAUCAUCGCCAAACGGUAAAAACGGAUCGGAAAAGUACCGAAUGAUGCAAUAUAUUCCUGUGUUCGGCUGGCUGGAAAUCGAGGUUAUGUUGUCGCGAGUGACGUCACGGAUUGGUGAAAAAUCAUACGAUACUCGGUGCUGAGCGCUGAUUGGUGGAAAUCGGUGGUGUGUUGCCAUCUGUCGUCUCGCUCCGGCGCACACCGUCCAAGCGCGGGCCAACGAGCCACAGUAGCGUUCUCUCGUUUCGCCAUACACGUAAUUAUUGUUCGGAUUGCGUUUUUGGAACUCGCUGGUGAAGCUUCACACGGGAAGAUACCGUGGAAAAAUCGGAUUUUCUAGUGUUAAAAGUCGGAAAAGCUGGUGAAUUUGCGCCGCAGGUGGUGAAGAAAGGGGAACAUCGACUGGGGGAAGUGAAAGUGAGCAGAAUGGACGGCGUUGCGGGCGGCUGGGAAGGUUUCCAGCCUGCAGGUGGAAUGGCGAUGGAUAUCGCGGACAGUGUCCUGAAGGGGGACGAGCUGGACAUCAAUGACAUCGCCGAUAUGUAUCAGCUAAACGAAGAGAAGCUUAUGAACCUUAUGGGUGAGGAAUUUUUGAAUCAGUAUAGUUGGGAGGACAACAUCAUGGAUCAUGUUUCUCCGGAUUCAACGACAUCUCCGCUGAUAAAUUCACUAAACGAUUCAAGACACUCUCCCUUGGAUAUCAAAAAAGAAGAGACAACGUUAUUGUCAGCUGGAUCACCAGCCAGUUUACAAAGCCUACAGCAGCAACAGUUCUAUUGCAAUCUGGUUUCGAGCGAUCCAAUGAUUUCUGUGAGCAGCAAUCAAGCUCAGAAACCUUUGCAGAGCCAGCAGCAGCUGCCUAUUUCUACUGCACCCACCAUCAAGCAGGAACCCAUACUGAUCCAUCAACAACCGGUCAGUUCUACGAGUACUGGCCCCAUCAUUCUCACUCAAAAUCGGAGCAACAUUGCAGCUAACACAUCUACGAUUCUACUUCAGAAUUCUCGCGCUCCCACCGGAUAUUCCUACAUCAAAACUAUUGCCCCGGCCACCAGUGCCCCGACAAGCACCACAAACAUCCCCCAAAACAUUCUUCCUGCCAACGUGCGGGUACAGAAUCUUAUAACUACGAAAGCUGCUCCAGCUCCAACACCAGUGACGACGACCACAGCCGUCCCAGUAAUGCAACAAGUCUUCACUUUCCAAAGUGGCGAUAAACAAGUACUACUGCAAGCAAAUCCGACCACCGUCAUGACAGCAAGUACCCAAAAUAUCCACACGUUGGUCAACACUCCGAACGGGCCCAUCCUUGCAACCGGCAUUCCACUGGUCUUGGAUGCUCCGGAAAACACCGGAAAGCUACAGAUCAAUCGACUGCAGCAAUCCCAAACCACGUCAUCCGUUCCGGGGGUUCCCAAGGUCAAGGAAGUUAAACGUUCCGCUCACAAUGCCAUCGAGCGGCGCUAUCGCACCUCGAUCAACAGCUGCAUUGUGGAGUUGAAAAACAUCGUCGUCGGGGUCGAUGCCAAGCUGAACAAAUCUGCGAUCCUGCGAAAGGCCAUCGACCACAUUCGGCACCUGCAGAAGCAGAACAACAGUCUCAAGCAGGAGAACAUGUACCUGAAGAUGAAGAUGACCAACCGGAAGCAAUCGCUCAAGGAUCUUCUGGUGGCCAAUGUGCAGGACGACAUGGUCCCUGUGAUUGGUCCAAUAACUCCGCCGAGAAGCGACGAAUCCAACCCUUCGCUAUCACCGUCGCACAACUCGGACAAUUCGAUGCCACCAUCACCGUUUGGAACGUCAUCGACCGGCUCUGGCGGCAUGGAGGAAUCGCUCAACGAUGACGAUUUGGUAACCAGCGUCCGAGGCAUGUCUGCCCACUCCCGGCUCACUCUCUGUAUGUUCAUGCUGGCCGUACUGGUGGUCAAUCCGUUCGGAAGUUUCCUCUCCGGAAGAGUUAGUGACGCAGAAGAGCUUGAACCCGGAACAAGCCGACGCAUCCUUGCCGUUGACGAACCCUUCUUGUCUUGGUCCGGUUUCACCUCUUCGGUUGCGAUCUUCGUAGUAAACUUUGCUCUACUUGCUUUCUGUCUGAUCAAGAUGCUCGUCUACGGUGAUCCGAUUCUUCCAUCACGCUCGAAAGCCUCCGCUGAAUAUUGGAAGCAUAAGAAACAAUCGGAUUUGGACUUCCAUCGCGGUAACACAGCUGCUUCCUUGCAAGAAUCGAAGCGCUGUUUAAACGCUUUUGGAGUAACCAUUCCCAACAGUCGCCUGGAAACGAUCACCACUACUGGCUGGCAAUUCUUCCGGAUGUUCCUGCAUCGAAUUUACAUCGGACGAUGGCUUUCCCGUCGCACCGGUGGCCUCUUCAAGCCCGAAUCGCAACGCAUGGACGCCCUGAACUCCGCCAAGGAACUGGCACUGCUCUUCCACCGUCUGAAUCAGCUCUAUCUGGUGUCGAACCAACCGGAAGCGAACGGUCUGAUGAUGUCGCUGUACGCCGUCAACAUGGCCGAAGCAGCCUCAUCCGUCAUGACCACGGAGGACACAAUCGAGAUCUACAUUACGGCUGCACUGCGCGUCAAGAAAAGCUACCCCCGCUUCAUGCAGUACUUCUGCCGGUACUACCUGGCCAAAGCGAAACAAGUCUGCAACAAUUGUGACCAAAUCCCAGCCAAGUUCGCGUGGGCCUUCACAUCGUACGGUUUUCGCUUCCUUACGACGCACGCCGUUCGUUUCGAAGACACGCCAGAAUCCAUGUUCACCAUGCUCGAUAAUAAAUCCGAUCCGCUCGAGUACAUGAUGCGGGACUAUCGUGAAAAUUUGCUCCAGAAAUCGAUCCAGUGUCUGGUCGGUUCGGGUCAGAUAAGCCGCAAGCACGUCAACGAAGCGUUCGCUCAGCAGUCCCAAACCCAAGCCACGGCCGCCGAAGUGAACGCUUCCUCCAAAGAUUCCAUCAAGGACGAUCAAUCGGACAGCGGAAAGCCCUCGGUUCCGGCCUCGUAUCACUACACCGGAUGUCAGAUUAGUAACGUGCUGCACUUCACCCAGCUGCUGAGGGAUAGCCUCAGCGUGGAGAACAAUCCGGUCACGUUCGACCGCUGUUUGCUAAGUGGGGAUUGCUGUGAGGACCGGUUGGCCCACUGGUGGUCCAGUUUGUUGAGCAUCGCAGCCCACUGGCUGCUCGGCGAGGACGCCGAAGCCGAACGAUUGUAUCUGCACAUUGAAAAUUUGCCGCCAGAGUUGGCCCAAGGAGAGGACACACUGCCGAAGGCACUGUUCGCCGCUUUCCAUGCCAAACGUUCUUUGUUGAACAAACCGCAUUACAAUUCAGUCAGCGUGUUCCAGAACUGCAACGCCGGAAGUCAGUGCUUGGAAGACAGUUUAACGACCAAUAUCUGCAAGAGACCGAUGAAACUCAAAAUGUUGGCUCAACUGCUAGCCUGCGAUUGGUUGCUGGAAGCACGCACAGCCCUCUGGGAGGCGGACAACGAAAAAUUCCAAAGUCAUAACGGCGAAUACGUUCCCGUGUCCGGUGUGGUGUUGGCCAAAUUCCAGAAAGACCUCAACUCGUUGCGCAUCGUGACCAAUGAGAUUCCGAAUGCCCAGUCGCGAGUGUUCCUGUACGAAGCCGUUUGCCGGCUGAUGGCCGGGGCUGCACCCGGUCCCACCCAGCAGCUGCUGGGGCACAGUUUGCGACAGCGCUAUUCCCGCGCUUCGAUCAUCUGCAGCGGAAAAGAUCGCAGCGGUCAGUUGGUCGGUGGUAGGGAAAGGGCUGCCGCACUGUACGUGGCCUGCAAACACCUGCCGGCACCGUGCCUUUCGUCACCGGGUGAGCGGGCCAGCAUGCUACAGGAGGCGGUCAAAACGCUGGAGAAGAUCGGCGACAAGAAGCGGCUGCAGGAGUGCUACCAGCUGAUGCGAUCUCUCGGCAGCGGAACGGUGACCAAUUGAAUUUGUCGAUGGGCGGCCCAACUGGGGAAAUGACCAUACUGAUAUGAUUAUUUAUUAAUAAUUGACUGUUGUUUAGUUCGUUAAUACAUCGCUAUUUAAGCGAUAAAGUUAGACGCUGAGUAAUUCUCUUCGGAUUAUACGAUCAAUGUAUCACAACCUGAUAGGUUUAUCCCAUAGAAUCUAAAAGCAUUUCACUGAUAAAAUAAAUAUCAAUAAACAAAUAAAGUUUCAUAACGACA